AUGUCUGCAUCAAUUCAAAGAGCCCCCAUCGUGGACAUCGGUCUGCCUGAAGUCGGUCAGGGCGGAUACCAAGCCCUGAACGAACGCAGCGAAGUACUACCGGCAGGCUGGAAAUAUCCUCACCCCAACGCACGACCCAUAGGUUCGGCAAUCCUCGUCGAACACGAUGUCCCAAUCACAAUGCGAGACGGCGCUGUUCUACGGGCUGAUAUCUACCGUCCUCCGCCCCCAGUUGACGGGAAAUCGGGUGGCAAAGUCCCUGUGAUACUCUGCUGGUCACCUUUUGGCAAGAAGUUCAACGGGCUGAUGUCUCUGUCUCUGAUGACGCCAUGGGACCUGGGUAUCCCUGCCGGGACGCUCUCUGGUCUCGAGAAGUUUGAGAGCAUCGACCCAGCAGAUUGGGUUCCCCGCGGAUAUGCAGUCGUCAACAUCGACAACCGUGGUGUAGGCGAUAGCGAUGGUACAAUGGUCGUCAUGGGAACCCAGGAGGCGGAGGACGGAUACGACACUAUUGAGGCAUUGGCUAAGCUCCCUUGGUCUAAUGGCGCCGUCGGCCUCGCGGGCAACUCCCACCUGGCCAUUGUGCAGUGGUUCAUUGCUGCGCUCCGGCCACCGAGUCUGAAGGCCAUUGCGCCUUGGGAAGGGUGCGGUGAUUUGUUCCGCGAACAAUUCGCUCGUGGAGGUAUUUACGCAGGCGAUCUGUUUGACCACCUCAUCGUCAAGUAUAUGCUCAAAGGUCGCCACGGCAUGGAGAGCUUCAAGGAGAAAUUCGCUCAGCAGCCACUAGCGGAUGCCUGGUGGAACGACAAACGACCUGACAUGAAGAAGAUCAACAUACCGACAUACAUGACUGGGACCUGGACGAAUACCAUGCACGGAAUGGGCGUGAUUCGAGGGUGGAUGGAGGUUGACACUCCUGAUAAAUGGCUACGUUGGCAUGGGACACAGGAGUGGUACGAUAUGUAUGCCAACAAGCAGGGCACCGAAGAACUGAUACAAUUCUUCGACCGGUACUUGAAGAACGAAGACAAUGGCUGGGAGAAAACUCCUAAGAUCCGGUUGUCAGCCCUCAGGUUUGGCUCCAACGAUCCAAUUGAAGGCAUCAUUGAGAACAGUUUCCCGUUGGAGAGAACGCAAUACAACAAGCUAUACCUCGCUUCAGAUGGAAAGCUUAGUCUUCAGCCUUCAGAGAAGUCGGAAAUCCUAAGCUACAACUCGGAAAGCUCUGAAUCAGUUGUGUUUACGCACACCUUCAAGGGAACAACACGUCUCAUCGGUAUGCCAAAGGCAGUGGUCUAUAUGUCCUGCAAUGAUCUCGAUGAUAUGGAUAUCUACGUCUUCAUUGAGAAAUUGGAUAGCUCCGGCCGACCUAUGACCAACCUGAACGUUCCUUGGAAAGGGAUACCUGUCAAAUCGUUCGACGAGUUCACACCUCAGCAGAGUACUGAAGUCGUGACAUACAAGGGCCCUGUGGGCAUUCUCCGUGCUUCUCAUCGUGCUAUCGAUGAGAGCAAAUCGAUACAUCCCAACUGGCCAUAUCAUCCACAUGAGAAGGAAGAGAAGAUUGAACCAGGCACAGUUGUCAGGUUGGACAUCGGUAUCUGGGCAAUGGGUAUCCAGUACGAGGCAGGUGAAGGCUUAAGGGUGAGCAUCAGUGGGAGAAGUCAUGCCGUCAGCAACUUUGGCACUUUCGACCACCUACAAAACAAGGGCACGCACAAUGUGCACCUUGGUGGCGAGUACCCCAGUCAUGUUAUCUUGCCCUUUGUAUAG